UGGCGUGCGCGCGCACACACACACUCACUCACUCACACGCACACACACUUUGUCGAGUGAGUUUUGGAGUGAGCGAACUGGUUUUUCCGGGGAAAUUCAACGCGGAACACAGAGAACGUGAACACACCAAAGGUGCGUGGCUCGCCAGACAUCCACCUUUAAAAGAAGCAAACGCUGCUCUGCGAGGACAAAAAUGGAGGCGAUGAUGAAGGGACUGAACAAAGCCAAGGAAGGAGUGGUGGUAGCGGCGACUAAAACCAAGCAAGGAGUGAGUGGCGCGGCUGAGAUCACCAAAGACGGAGUCCUCUACGUCGGCACCAAAACAAAGGAUGGAGUCACAACAGUUGCAGGUAAAACGGUGGAGGGGGUGAGCCAGGUUAGCGGAGCAGUGGUUAGCGGGAUGACCAACAUAGCCCAGAAAACAGUGGAAGGGGCGGGCAACAUCAUCGCCACCACCGGAUUGAGCAAGAAGGAUCCUGCCAAACCGAGCAACGACAACGCCACCGCGCAAGAUGCGGCCGAGUCUCCGGUGGAUACCGACACCACUGAUGCGACGGAGGACGACACAGACUAAACAUGUUGUAAGACGGCCGAUCGGAACAUUCCACGUUUCUCUACCGUCGUGCCUCGUCGUGGUCUUCUAUGAUGUCCGUGAGCAUGUAAAAUUGACGGUGUGUGUGUGUAUUGUGUACGUCUUUUGCACAUCUGCAAUUUGACCUCAGGUGUCUUGGUUAUGAUAAUUGUAAUUUACUCUCGCUGUUCAUGUUUGUCAGUCAUUAGCACAUUUAACUCGACCACAAUUAACCACCUAAGUGUCUCAAUAGGAACAAUGACCAUGACGAUAUCUAUUUUUUUUUUUGCGUCCGUUUGUGGAACAAUAUUGUAAUUUUCAGCAUCAAAUUGAAACGCAAAAGUAUGCGCCGGUACUUGUGGGUAUGAUGUCAUAGAGAUUUAGUGUUGAAUAAAAGUAUGUGUUUAAAAGUA